CGUGGCAAAACGGAGCUGUGGUCAAUUCAGAUGUUAUGAGUCUACAGGUCAAGAAUUUCACACCAAGAAAUAUUGACCAACUGGUUACAAUUACAUUGACGCUGAAAAAGACCGGAUAUAUCAAUCCAGUAUGUGUUUUCUGGGAUUUCAAUAUCACACGAUUGGGUCAACGCGGCGGCUGGUCGACCGAAGGGUGCAGACUUGCGAACUUCACCGACAACGCAGCAACUUGUCAGUGUAACCACCUGACAAACUUUGCAAUUCUUAUGAGCCCAAUUACAAUUUCACCGGAGCACGCAAAGGCGCUUGGGAUCGUUUCCGCCGUAGGCUGUGCUGUCUCUAUCGUCUGUCUGAUUAUCACGCUUGUCAUUCAUGCCUUGGUCUGGAGAUUCGUCCGCUCUGACAGGGUGAUCGUUGUCAUGCAUCUCUGCGUUGCCUUGCUCUGCGCCCUGAUCGUCUUCCUCGGAGGAGUCAACCGAACGGAAAGAAGGGACGCAUGCGUGGCUAUCGCAGCUGCCAUCCAGUACUUCUUCCUGGUCAUGUUCUUCAUGAUGUUGCUGAUUGGUCUUGAGAUUUUGCUUUGCGUCGUGCACGUGUAUAGGACCAAGUUCAGAGCCAAGGUCCUCUUACCGCUUGCAUGGAUCGUUCCAGGCAUAAUAGUUGGCGUUUCACUUGGCAUUACAAAAACACGGGGGUAUGGAAAUAGUACAUACUGCUGGUUGGAUAUCUCCUCCGGACUUAUUUGGUCAUUUGUGGGACCAGCGUUGCUCAUCAUUUGUGUGAAUAUAUUAGUAGUUAUCGUCGUAUUUAAACGCAUGUCGUCGUUAGCUGCGAUGAAAAACAAAACUACGAAAGAACAACUCAAGACGUGGUUGUACAGUUUAUGCGUGUUGUUGCCCGUAAUGGGCCUAACGUGGGUGUUUGGUGUUUUGGCAAUCAAUGAAGGCACGUUGAUAAUGCAGUAUAUAUUCGCUGUAUUGAAUGGUCUUCAGGGCUUCUUCAUAUUUCUCUUCUACUGUGUCCUGAAUAGACAGGUUCGAGAUGCUCUCAGAAGACGGCAAGACCGGAAGCGAAGUCUCCAGACGCUGUAAACUAACUUGCAGAGACAGUCGCGGGUUUCGAGAUAUGCCCCAGAAAAAAACGACACAAAUCCCGACGGCUUGACAGACAGCGUUAUUCUAGCAAACCCGCUUACAACGUGGUUUAUGGGAAAUAUAUCAAGAAAUGAAAUGGAAUUAAAAUGAAACUAAAAAGAAUUGAUAUUGAGGAGCGAAAAACUAUGAAAAACGAAUGCAUGUGGAAUUAUAGUGAAUGUGUAAACGUUUUUAUAUAAAUAUGUAAGUGUGUGUGUUCAGUAUUAAAGUAACGAUUGAAA